CUUCUGAAGGCCUGAAGCAGUUCCCCCAACAAAUGGAUCGUGAGAUUCAUUCAUCAACUAAACACCAAACAACCUAGAAUAUCUCCGCUCAUCGAGACAGAAUCUCAUCUCAUGCACCUCCCCAUCAUGCCAGCAGGGUGAACAAUAAAAAAAUAUGGCAUCCAUCCUGUCGUAUGUGCCACUGGUCAACCGACUAGUCACUCCUCGCGAUGACCGCCAGACCGUCAACCUCCCACCCGUGGAAGUACAUAGUGUCGAGGCGAACCCGGACAAGAGACCACGCACCCUCAAACAUCUCCUAAAGGCAAACCAUGUCAACCAUUCCAUCCUCUACCACAACCUCCAGUUCGACAACCACUUGCCCCAUAUCCUAUGCUCAGCCUACCAUCUCGGCGCCGAGUCACACCAUCUCUACCAUAUAUACGAUGAGGAAUCCAAGAGUCUAGAGCCAUGGAAGGACUCGCCUGCUCCGAUGGCCGAGGACGACUGGCGGGACUACUUGGGUGACAAGCGGUACCAGCGAGCCUUCGUGGAUUUCUUUGAGGAUGUCUUGGCCAUGAACCAUGCCUACGACUGGAAGGCAGUAAUCAAAGAGUACAUGUUGAAGGGCGAUGAGCCUCUAGUCAACUGUCUCAUCGGUGGUCUCGGCCACCCCCUCAUCCACCUUGGCUACGCCUAUGAAUUCGAUAGCCGCGAAAUAGCUAUGGAAGCCCUCGGCCUCGCCGCAACGCAGUACAACUUCCUGCACAAAUACAGCGAUGACCCCUCGUACACCCGCCCACCACCCUUCUCCUCCACCUCCCCCCUUGAACUCAUCAACAAGCUCGCCUCGGACACCCGCUUCGACGACCUCUUCAAAGAACCAGGCUACGCCAACAUCGAACCCCUCUUCCAACAACACGAAUCCCUCAUCCUCGAAUACUGGAACGCCUGGGACGUAUCCUCCUCCACCACCACCACCGACCUAACCACCCUCUUCCGCGAAUCCCAGGAAGCCGCCGUAGCCCUGCUAGUCGCCACCGUCCGCCCGGGGACGCACGCCUACAACUUCUUCGUCGUGCACGUGCUGACCACCAGCCACGCCGUGCGCAUCCUGCUGCCGCUGCUGCCCGCCAAGUUCCACGUCUCCAUAGUCCGCCAGUGGUGGCUGCUCGCCCUGGCCGUCUACAUCGCCGUGCUGCGGCCCAAAAUCGACCCGGACUACGUGCCUGGGGAUCUGAAGGGGAGGAACUGGAAGUAUGUCGAGCAUAGGGCGCUUACCUCGGAGUGGGCGACGGAUGCGCAUUUUGUUAAGGGUAAGUUUUGCGAUGGGCCUACUAUCUCCCCUGGGCGGGCAUUUUGGGGCUGGUUAUGGCAGUGGUGGGGAUUGUAUUUGUGUUCUUUUGCUAACUUGUGAUAGCCGCUCGGGCAAUGAAGGAGGCUGCGAGGACUUGGGGGGAUGUGCAUGAACGGUAUCUUGCUGCGGCGGUUAGGUUUGUGGAUGACUUUGAGGGAUGGGUACAUUGAGGGCUUGAGUGCGUUGAGGGAAAUCUGGUGAGGGUAUGGCAGAUUGGAUCGGGCCCUAAUCCUGUUUGCUCGUUGCGCUCGACGUCCUUUUGUUGGAACGCCAUACGAUGUCCUCUACGGUCCCCUGUGGUAUGGGGGCUCAGCAGAUUGCAUAGAACGAAUAUCGAAUGGGUCAGCGGAGAUAUUUGAACGACACACGCCCUCACACCUCAUCAAUGAGGUUACUUCAGAGUUCACAGG